AUGCAAAUAUCAAAAGCAAUAAUUUAUGGAACGAUCGCUACUUGGCUUGGCAGAAGAUCAGAUGAAAAGAAAACUCAUUCAUGGAUUUGUUAUGUAAGAGGGGCUCAUAAUGAAGACUUAUCCUAUUUCAUUGAUAAAGUAGUAUUUGUAUUACAUAGUUCAUUUGAAAACACCAAUAGAGUUGUCUCCCAACACCCAUUUGUGAUUGCAGAAACAGGUUGGGGUUAAUUCGAUAUCAUAAUAAAAAUAUAUUUGAAGGGCGAUUAUGAUUAGCCCUUGGUUACAGUGCAUCCAUUAAAACUAUAUCAAAACUAAACACAAAAUAUUCCAUUAACUAGGAAACCGGUUGUGAGUGAAUAAUACGAUGAAAUUGUAUUUAUUAACCCAAAACCUGAACUCUUAGAAAUCUUAAAUGCAAAGCCAACCUAAGAAAACAACCAAGUAGAAGAGGAAGUUUAAGUAGAUUAAAAAGAGCCUGAUUUUGAACAGAUGACUCCUGCAUAAAUAUUGAAAUAUAAUUAGCCGCAUUUUACAAUUUUUGAUAUAAAUGAAUCUAAGGUAACAAUUGAAAAGGCCAUCUAAAUUGUAAGUCAAGACAUAUUAGCUGAUUAUAAAAAAAAAAAUCAUCAAUUAGAUACAGAAAUUUAAGAAUUAUAAAUUGAAUAUGAAAAUCUGUAAAAUAAAGUAACCCAAACACAAUAAUGA